AUUCAUGUUUUUUAAUCAAUUGUUAAAUCGAGUCGGUUUAUCAAAGAGUUUAAAUUGAAUAUUGUAUUUAUAUCAAAUUUCACUAAAAGCACUUUUAAUAAAGAUUUAAAUUUUGAUUUUUUGUUUAAAGAGAAAAGAAUGUCAAACCACUGAUUUUAACAUAUUUAUUUAUGCUAUAUAUGAUCACGUUUGUUUUUUUCAUCAAAUCAAAUUGAAUCAAUUAAUUAAAAUGACCUAACCGAUUGGUUCGAUCUGACCUAAAAAACGCUGCAACACACGCACAAUACACGACACACGCCAACAUCAAGCCAACCCCUACCUUUCUUGGUCCAGACGGCUGGCAACCGCCCACGUUUAUAUCCAACACCGCACCUACGAACCCCUCCACAUUUCUAGUCCCCACACACAUGCUCUUGCACUAACUCUCACACACAAAACAUACACUUCUUUCUUUCUCUUCUCAAUCAUAAAUAUAAAUAUGUUUACUGAUGACCAAAUGAUGUUUCAUCAGUAUUCUUCUCGGCCAUUGCCAAUGGAAAGAAAGUGGAAAUCCCAUGUUGAGCUUGCUCCUAAUUGCCCUCGUUGCGCCUCUACUAAUACUAAAUUUUGUUAUUACAACAAUUACAGUUUGUCUCAGCCUAGAUAUUUCUGUAAAGCUUGUAGACGGUAUUGGACUAAAGGUGGUUCUUUAAGAAAUGUUCCGGUUGGUGGUGGUUGUCGCAAGACUCGCAGAGCUAAGGCUGUUAGGGCUUCGCAGACUGAUCGUGUUGUUUCUUUGAAUAAUUAUAGCAGGGAUUUAACCUCUUCUAGCGUUGACUCAUUCACCCAAGAAAAUCAAACCAGUAAUGGGUCCGAUAUAGAUUUAGCUGUUGUUUUCGCUAAGUUCUUGAAUCAAGAUUCAAGUGUUAACCCCAAUGAGUUCUCGAAUUCUUUAACUGUUGAAAAGGAGAAGGUGUCGGAUCUGAUCCAAGAAUCUGAUGAUUUUCUUGAAGGUUUACCUCCAGUCUUGCUUGUAGAAGAUGGGCAACAAGAAAAUCAAGAUAGUAUUCAAGAAUUUAUAGAAAGUCCUGAAAUGGAUGCAUUUGGGUUGCAAACCUUUCUUGGAGAUCAAGAAAUGGUUCACGAAGCUUUGUGGUCUGAUCAAGAAGCUGCAACUUUAUCAAAUGUUCUUACAUGGGAAAGUACUUUAUUACAACAACAGCAACAACAAGAACGAACACAAGAAUUUGAUUCUUUUACAGUGGAAGAUCAGUUAAAGGCUUCGGCUGCCAAUCUUAUGAGCGAUAUUAAUUCUUGGUAUUCGUUUGAUCCGUCCGGAUUUGAGAUUUUCUCAAGACCUUAAUUAAUGCAUAUCAAUUAUACUCUUAUUAUUUAUUCUAUAUAUUUUGUAAUUCCGGUUGAGGUAGAGACUUGAUUUUUAGUUUUUCACUGUUACGUUCCCAGUAAAAAAGCCAUAUGGGUACAGAUUAAUUUACAUAUUAAAUCAUAUAUAAUGCAAUGAAAUCAUGUAUAUUGAUGCAAUUUAUUCUAUCUUUUCACCCAUCAAUUUGAUUUUGAUAAUGAAAGCAAAAUAUUAUUAAAUAA